AUGGUAAUUGGCGGAGAUAUAUUUAGCAGUAUAAUUGAAAGCGGAAUUAAAAAAGAUCACGGUGUUCUUGGCCAAGCGACAAAAUUCGGCUGGAUAUUAUCUGGCAUAAUAAAGGAAAAAGUUACCGGCAAAAUAACGACAGCGGUAACAAAUUUGGAACGAUUUGGGGGACUCGAAGACAUAUCAACUUGUGAAGAUGGAAAGGAAGAGACUACUGAACAUCCUACUCCUAAGAAAAAACCAAUUGAUGUGAUUGAAAUCUCAGAUGUAGACAUACAUAAAAUUAGAAAUGAGAAAGCUGAAACUGGAGGUCAAGAAGUCGAAAACAAUAUGCUCGCCAAUGAGCAAAUAACCUGGCAUUUUUCUCCUCCGGCAGAUCCACAUUUAGAAGAAAUGUGGAAGGCUAGACUAGGCUGUAUGGACGUGGUUAGCGAGGAUCGUAAUCUUCUUACUCACGCAUACCGAAACAAGGCGCUAGAUACGUUUGUGCGCGGCCUCAACGGCGUCUUGCCUAAGGAACCAAUGGAUCUGCCCCAAGCAUUACACCUGUGCUUAAAGUUGGAAAAUCAGGGAUUCCGCACACGAAACUUUAAAAUUCUUUAUACUACCCCCUUUAAGAACUUUUCAUGGAAUUUGGGCUAUGAUAGCUUUCGGCAGCUAGAUGCUGUAAUUAACAUUAGAGAGGGAACCUUGACAAUUAAAAAUAAUUUAAAAAUAUUAAUUAAAGAAUUAAAAACAGAUGCAGUAAAUGCUAUCAAAAUACACGAUGACAACAUUACUCCCCAUCAAAAAAUAGCUCUACAGAAAUUGGUUACAGAGCAUCCUAACUUAUUUUCAGAACCGGAUGAACGGUUAACUUAUACUAUCAAAGUAGUGAGAAAGAUCAGAACGUCAUCCGAUUCUCCAAUAUAUAAUAAGUUUUAUCCAUAUCCAGCAUCGCUUAGAGGCGAAGUAGAGAAACAGGUGGUAAAACUACUAAACGAUGGCAUUAUAAGACCAUCCAGAUCCCCCUAUAAUUCCCCUGUGUGGAUCGUGGCAAAAACCGAUUCCAGUGGAAAUAAACAGUAUAGGUUGGUGAUCGAUUAUAGAAAAUUGAAUAGUUUAACUAUAGCGGAUAAAUAUCCGAUACCCGAAAUAGAGGGUAUGUUAUCGCAUUUAGGCGUCAAUUCGUUUUUUACCACGCUAGACCUCAAAAGUGGGUUCCAUCAGAUCCUACUAAAGCCGUCAGACAUAGAAAAAACGGCAUUUUCGGUGAAUAAUGGGAAGUUCGAGUUUACUCGGCUACCAUUUGGGCUGAAAAAAUCGCGAUUACGCGAAAUUAGCAAAGCCAUUAACAAUCUUACUAAGAGGCGAAGAAGGCCGAAUUUCAAAAAAACAAAUCCGCAAAAUUUGGAUUACCCAAAACCGUUGCGUUUUAUGUUGGAAGACAUCUAA